CGGAAUCCCUCUUCAAUUCGCAAUCUAGGGUUUCCAAUUUCUUUCUCGUUUUCAUCUUCUUCCCCUGGCCGGAAUACCAGAACUAACAUACUCCCUUUGAAUCUAUGCAACCGCCAAACCACCUUCGAUUCAUCAUACCGGAGAUCAUAUAACAUCCGGUUUCGAAGCUGCAGUAUAUCCCGAUUCUAACAGUUUUGGUGUAGAGAAUUCAUUAUAAUGAUUAUCUCUUUUCUCCUCCGCUUCACUUCAUCGUCUCCGGUGAACGUUCUUGCUUCUGUGAAUCUCCGUGUUUUUGGUCCGGGUCUGAAUCCGUUUGCUCCGUAUAACCUCGCCAAUCAUUCCUGCUCUCGCUAAGCCAUUGUUCCUUAUCUCGUCGUCUUUGCUUCUUUUGUUUUUUUUGUAUUUGUUGUUGAUUUCCAUCAUCCGAUCAUGUAAUUGAGGGGAAAUAAACAUAUUUGCUCUCUUUUUGUCAGCUUUUGAGUCUCACGGGAAGAUUUAUUCUAACUGUGUAUUGAAUAGCUAGAAGAUUAUAUCCAAUUUCAUCUGAAUAUUGCGAAUCUAUCUUGGUGCCGGGUCGAAUGAAUCCCUAGGCUUCUGAUCGGUUUCAGCUGAAACCAAAGGGUCUUGUAUUUUGGUCCUGUGGUUUAAUAGAUCUCUCCAUUUAAUUUCAAAAACCCGAGGAAGGAUAUCCAUUUUUUUUAAACCUGCUGCUGAAAAGCUUGUUUUUCUGUUUGAAGAGUCUUGAUUGUUAUAGUGUUGAGUUCCUCUUCAGAAGAUCAUGGUUGUAGAUCAGUCGGGUUUAAACAGGCGGUUUAAAAGGUCAAUCAUGACCGCAGACGAUAGAGAUGAUCGAGGGUGGACUCCACUUCACAUUGUUGCACGGAAAGGUGACUUGAAAGAGGUGAGGCGGCUGCUUAAAGAAGGUAUUGAUGCGAAUGUGGCUGCAUGGGGUCCUAAAGCAGCGGGUGUGACACCCCUUCAUCUUGCUGCUAAAGGUGGCCAUGUCAAAGUUAUGGACGAAUUGCUUGAGCACGGUGCUGAUAUUGAUGCACGAACCAAAGGAGCUUGUGGUGGAUGGACUCCCCUACAUCACGCAGCCAAAGAACGAAAGAAGAAAGCAAUCAACUUCCUGAUUAAAAAUGGUGCCUUUCUGCCAGAUGACAUAAGCGACACGAGGUUUAAUCCAUCAGUGCACUAUUGUCCCGGUCUUGAAUGGGCUUACGAGGAGAUGAAGCGCCUUAAAGGCGACAGCAGCUCAUCAUCAGGUGAGAGUUCUUCUUCUUGCUCUGGAAAUUGAGGCGAUCUAAUUGGAAGUCGUCUAGUCAACGCCAGGCAAAGUUGACUUGUCAAUUACAUCUAUAUAUAUGUUGCGCAUAUAUUGCUCGCUUGGAUCUUAUAUCUGGUUUGUGGACGUUGUCGUCUCAUGGCUCGUCUCUUUUGUUUUGCUUGUCGUAUCAAACUAUCAUAGUGGUGUUAGUGGUUGGCUUGUCUGUUUCUGGUGUGUUGUAUUGACAAUUAGUGUUUGGGGAAUGAGUAUUGUUAUAAAUAAAUCUAUAUUUCGUGU